GUCCGGGUCAGCAGCAGCAGGGUCAGGGUCGGGGUGGUGUUGGGGGCGAGGUGGCUGUGCGGCGCAUGUACGCGCUGCUGGUGCUGGCUCGGCUGGCCAGCCAGUCGCCGGAGUGCCAGAUGGACGCAGUGAGGGAGGGCGCCCUGCCCCCGCUGCUGCUGCUGGCGGCCCGCGGCGGCCCCCAGGAGCGCGCGCACAGCUGCCGGCUGCUGGCGCUGCUGGGGCAGGCGGCGCCCACCCACGGCAGGUUCAAGGAGCUAGGGGUGGUCGAGGCGGUGCUGCCGCUGCUGCGCUGGCCCCCCGCGGCCCCGCACCCGGCCCACCAUGCCCCCGGGGGCGACCCAGGGGUCGGCGAGCACGCCGCCAGUGUGCUCGCCGUACUGGCGCACAACCCUGACAUGCACUUCCACAUGGUGUCGUGCGGGGUGGUGCCGGCGCUGCUGCCGCUGCUGGCUAACGGCACCUCCCGCUCCCGCGGCUACGCGCUGGCGUGCCUGCUGCUGCUGUCGGAAGGCGACCAGCGGCACGCGGCGGUGGUGGCGCGGGCGGGGGCGCUGCAGCCGCUGCUGAGGCUGGCGGAGGCGGUAGCGGAGGAUGAAGGGGCGGAGGAGGAGGAGGGCGAGCGAGUGAGCCUGCAGGCUGCAGCAGCGGCAGCGGAUGGCUCCCCCAUCCCGCGUGCCGGCGGCUCCUCGCGCAAGGUUCAGGAGUUCGCUGCAGCGGUGCUGUGCAGCCUCAGCAGGUACCUGGAGCUCAAGACCGAGUUGGCCCAGUUGGGCGCCCUGCCGCCGCUGCUCAGCUGCCUGUCCGGCGGCUCCCAGUUGGCCGCCACCUACGCGGCGGAGGCGCUGGUGCACCUGGCGGCGGGGGAGGCGGGGGCCAAGCGGCACAUCGCGGCACAUGCCCCCGCGCGGUCCGCCCUGCAGCGGCUGUUGCGGGCCGGCGGGCCGGGCGGCACCUACUGGGCGCUGCAGCUGCUGCGCACCCUCAGCACGGAG